ACUUAAUUAACAUGAAAGCAAACGAUAUGUCACAAAAGAUGAAUCUUGAUAAUAAAGACAGAGAUAAGAUGGGUAAGACAAAGGCCUUUAAAGAUCUUAAAAUAAUGAACCCAAACAUCGACUCUGCCAAGCCAAUGGAUCCAUCUAAGUUUGUUGACCCAGAUAACAAGCUAUGGGAGAAUGGAUUCACCCCAAAUAAUAAGAUGCCGAUCAACUUUUAUGGAGAAUGCAAUUCUGUGCAAAAGUUUGGCAACCAAAUUGCGUUCAACAACGAUUCUAUGAAAUCACCAGAUUGAAAAUUUUUCUUCAAUCCAUUGUGUAACUUCUCGGCAACUCCGACCCCUUUCAAGCAGAAUACUCCUUUUAACUACGAGAAGAACUUUUUCGCAGGUCAAACUCCAGGGCAGACACCUGGGCAGACUCCUAACAGGAACCCAGGGCUAAAUCUGAACUCAGUUGGAAUGUCUCCAAACCUCAGCUUUGGAAAAGAGCAACAAGGAAGUAAUUGAUUCUUCUUCCCACAGUCUACUAAUCAGGGUCCUAAAGAUGCAGGACAGAAGGACAACAUCACUUUUGGAAGCAAUGAAGAGAGCUUUGGGGCUGUAUGCAACAACCCAAAGACCAUUAUGAAUAAGGCUCCUGUACCAAUCCCGUCUAACCCCCCACCACCCAAAGAAGAAAAGCCAAAGACUGGGAAGAAGCAGAAGAAGGGCAGUAAGGCUAUUAAGAGGAAGAAUCUUUCAGUAAGAGAAGACGUCAUGAACAAGAAUAUCUUCAGAGCAUUUAAAAGAGAACUCAAGAAUAUCUACAACAGCCACAUAGGUGAAGGAGCUAUGGCUGAGGACAAGGAAAUUUAUAAGGGAAAGUUCCUCCAAACUGUUGAAGCCUUCACAGAAGCUUUACUGCAAGACCUGGACUUUGAUAUGAGCAUUUAUAGAGACUUCGAUUUACAAGUAUGACAGACAUUCGUUGGCAUCUUCCUUGAUUAUUGCUUUAUGAAGAAAGCAUUAAAGACUGCUAAAGAUAAGGAAAGAUUAUCGAAUUCUUUCCAAGUGAUCUAUUCUUACUCACAUCAGAAAUUUUAUGAGUUCCUUUGCAUUUCCGAAAUCAAGGUGAUUUUCAGAGCAAUCAUCUCUAAGACUGGGAUAGACAAUUUUCUCGCAAACCAUGACUCCUUAGGGAAGGAAAAAUAUCGUACUCAUAUUGGAACCAUUAUGGAGAGACUUCAAGCUCCUUAACUUUAUUUCACAAAGUUCAGAAGACUUGGAGUGUGAUAAUUAAUCAUAAAUAUUUCCAU